AUGUCACUUCCAGCCCUGGGGUUUGUUUAUAUUAAACGUUUUCACGUGGCUGCAUCCUCACCUCUGAAUUGUUUACCUCUCUCUCCCUCACCCCACACACACCGUUCUAUAAAAUUUCUUCUUCAUUUUCUCUUCUACCUUUUUUAUUACCUUUCUUCUUCCACUUUACCUCUUGUUCUCUUUUCUUAUCAACGUAAUUAUUUUUUCCUUUUUUAUUUUUACAUUUCUCACUUCUGCCUCUCCCUCUUUUCACUUCUUUCUUUUUUUUUAUUCUUCUUGCUUCAUAUCCAUUUUCUUCUUCUCCCUUUUCACUUUAUCGUCUUUCUUUUUCUUGUUCCUUUCCAUUUCCUUCCUCUUUCUCCUUUUUUUCUCUAUCGAACCCCGCUUUUUUUUUCUUUUUCCUUUUCUUCUUCGGCUACUCGUCUUCUUCUUCUUCUUCUUCUUCUUCUUCUUCUUCUUCUUCUUCUUCUUCUUCUUCUUCUUCUUCUUCUUCUUCCCAGUUUGUCUAUUUCUUGCUUAUCGUCCUUUCUUUCGUUCAUCAAUAGCUUCUUAUUUACCAUUCUUCCUUUAUUUCUUUCUUUCCGUUUCUCAUUACAUUUCUAUUCUGUUUACCCCUCGUGGUAG